UCCCACAGCGUGUCUCCGGUUGGGCGCUCUGCUGGCUGCUGCGGCACCGGCUCUCUCCCUCUCUCCUUCCCUCAGUCCCGCCGGUCGCCUGUGGACGCUGCUCGGCUUGGCCGAACAUGGCGGCGGCUCCGGAGGAGGAGGUAGACCGCAGACCGAUUCGGAGGGUCCGGUCCAAGAGUGACACGCCUUACAUCAACGAGGCGCGGAUCUCACUGCACCUGGAGACAGCAGAGGAAGUGGAGCGACUGGCAUCGAUGCGUUCUGAUUCGCUGGUGCCUGGAACCCACACGCCUCCCAUCCGCCGGCGGAGCAAAUUUGCCACUCUGGGUCGCCUGUUUAAACCCUGGAAAUGGAGGAAAAAGAAAAGUGAGAAAUUCAAGCAAACCUCUGCAGUGUUAGAGAGGAAAAUGUCUACUCGUCAAAGCAGAGAGGAGCUCAUCAAAAAAGGAGUCCUGAAGGAGGUUUAUGAAAAAGGUGGGACAUCCUCUCCAGUUCUCAGGGAGGAGGUGAAGAUGGAAAACGGGCACUCCUCAGCUCUCGGUGCAAUCCCCUCUGAACCGGAAGAUCCUGAGCUGAUGGAAGGAGCAACAGCUGCUGUAGCAGGAUGUUUGGAGUUUCAGAUGCAAAGUGAGGGUGUGUUUCGACAAAGCCAGACUCAGAACUCCAGCCCGACGCCGCAAGCAAAGGCCUCCACAGUGUUUUCCACUGAUGGAUCAGAAUCACCGCUUUCUCGACCUCCAACUUCACACAAACAGCCACCUGCUCUUCCACCCAAACCUUUCAACAGACUUCCCAACCACAUCACAGAUGGUACCCCUGUGAAGUUGCCAUGCAUGUCAUCCAAACUUUCUCCUCCUCUACCUCCGAAGAAGCUCCUGAUAUCAGUUCCUGCAGGAAGAUUGGAGCCCUCUCCAGUCACAUUCCAGAAAUGUCCCGCCCAACCCAGCCACGCUGCGAUGGGUGGACACCCGCUGCAGUAUGGGGCGCUGCAGCCUGUACCCCUGCACCCCCCGAGCCGGAUCAUAGAGGAGCUCAAUAAGACACUUGCCCUCACCAUGCAGAGGUUUGAGAGUUCCAUGAUGCAAGCUGUUCCCACGAUGAUGAUUGAGUGUGACGAUGAUAAAGAAAAUCUCCCCAAUGAGGCAGACUAUGAGGAGCUGCCCGGGAUGUACAGAGACGAAGAAGAGGAAGAGGAGGAGGAGGAUGAAGAGGAGGAGGAAGAAGAUGACGAAGAGGAAGAGGAUGAUGAGGAAGAAGAUGAUACACUGCUUACAAGUACGCUGGCCAUGAAGGUUUUACGAAAAGAUUCUCUGGCCAUCAAGCUCAGUAACCGUCCAUCAAAGAGGGAGCUGCAAGAGAAGAACAUCCUGCCAAUGCAGUCGGACCAGGAACGUCUGGAAUACCGACAACAAACUGCCACCAAACUCACCAGGCGGUUGAGUCAAAGGCCGACCGUAGAGGAGCUGGAACAAAGAAACAUUCUCAAACCUCGAACUGAUCUGGAGGAGCAGGAGGAGAAAUGGGAGAUCAAGAGACAUUUAUCCAAAAAGCUCAGUAGUAGACCCACAGUUGAGGAGCUGAGGGAGGCCAAGAUCCUCAUCCGGUUUAGCGACUAUGUGGAGGUCGCUGAGGCUCAGGACUACGACAGGAGGGCAGACAAGCCAUGGACUCGGCUGACAGCGGCAGAUAAGGCUGCCAUCAGAAAAGAGCUGAAUGAGUUUAAAAGCACAGAGAUGGAGGUGCAUGAGUCGAGCCACCAUCUCACCAGAUUUCAUCGGCCGUAGUCAGCACAGUUCUUCUUCUGAUGUGUUUUCAGACCACGACCUGCCGUCUUCGAACUGUUGAUUAGUAUCAGCCUGUUUGAUCCGGGCAGUGGGAGCAAACAAACAUUCCACAGAGGGCGCUACAAAACCUAGAAAUUAAAAACUGUUGUUUUCCCGAAGUGGGAAUUUUUAAUGACUUCUUGAUAUUCAAAAGAUUUUAAACUGUCAUUUUUAUGAUGAAAAAAAA